AUGGGCGACCCGACGCCGCCGGCGUGGAUGGCGGCCGCGGCCCGCAAGUGGCUCGAGGACGCCGGCGCCAUCGGGAAGGGCGACGGCCGCAGGGCGUUCAACGCUCUGCCGCUGUCCGGCGUGCGCGUGGCCCUCGCCGAGCGCGGCCGCGCCCUCUGCUCGCUCCGCGUGCCCGCCCACCUCACCGACGCGGAGGGGAAUUGGCACGCGGGGGCGAUCGCUGCGGCGAUGGACGACGUCUGCGCGGCGGCGAUCAUGUCGGUGGAGGGCAUCAUCAAGGUCUCCGUCCAUUACGACAUCUCCUACUUCGCACCAGCCAAGCACCAUGACGAAGUGGAGAUGGAUGGGAGGGUGGUCGACCGGAAAGGGAGGAUGACGGCGGUGACGACGGAAGUCCGCAAGAAGGACACUGGCGAGCUGGUGGCGAUUGGGCGGCAGUGGAUGACCACGUCUAGACCAAAGGGAGCUCAAGGAAGCAAGCUAUGAUAAACUUGUUGCGCUAUAUUCCCGAACA